AUGACGGCGACCGCUGCAGACGUCCGUAGCAUACUUUCUAUCCAAGCCCACUUUGUACCGUCUGCAGCUGCAAAGAAACAGUCGACAUCCCAGGCCAAAAAGCCUGAAGGAAUUUCGAGGGAACUAUACUCGCUUAUCGGUCCAUCCGCUCCGUCUCUAGCAGCUCAACUGCAGAAACCGCAGCUCAAACAAAAGCCAAGACUUGGAUCUUCCGCCGUGAGAUGGGAGUGGAGGAAGUUCAGGAAUGGUGCUCGAGGGGACUCAUUGGAACUGGGACAUUGGGUAAAAGCUACAGCAGAUCCGGAUACGGAGUAUCCCUUCUCGAAGUAUAACGUUCAGACAGCUCAUUUCAUUUACUCUCAAGAUGAGUAUUCCAAACAUUUGGAAGUAGACCCUGAAUGGACGAAGGACGAAACCGAUUAUCUCUUCAACUUGGUUCGGGAAUAUGACCAGAGAUGGCAUAUCAUAUCCGACCGUUAUGAUUAUCCUGGCGGUCCUCAUCGUGUGAUGGAGGAUUUAAAAGAGAGAUUUUGCAAUGUAUGCAGACGUCUCGUACGGGAUCGACCUUGGGCCGGUGAUGAAGCCUCGAGAGUUCAACUAAUAUCUACUUUCAUGUUCGACAAAGAAAGGGAGUUGAUUCGUAAACGCUACUUGGCUAAUCUCGACAACCGAACCCCGCGCGAAGCUGAGGAGGAAGAAGCUUUGUACCUCGAAGUGAAACGUAUCGAGCAGAACGAGAGAAAAUUCAAACGAGACAGAGAGGAACUACUUCGCACGCUGGCUGGUAUCGAUUCAGGCCUACCUGACAUCGUUGAAGAUGAACUCCCUACGAUACUUUUUGACAGCAAAAAGAAAAAGAAAGGGGGGCUUGAUGCAGAUAGCCCAUCCACACCAGUUUCCGCGGCACCACCAAAACAAAGGCCGCAGCCGAGCCCAAGGAAUCCCGUGUAUGAUGCAUUGCAUUGCAUUACCCACAUCGACCUACCCGUUACCACCCCUGCGACAAAAGCGGCUCAUCAACCUUCCUUCCUUCGAACUUAUAAGCUCCCUGUUCCUAAAGCUGCUGUGGUCCCUAAGAUUUCGCAGACUUUAGCAGAAAUUAACAUCUCAUAUAAUCGUUUGGUCAUGCCGACAGAAGGCAAUGUUGCGCGGCUGAAUGCACUCAUUGAUGCCACACUUCCUCUGGUAGAGACAAAGAGGGUGCUGGAUAAAGUGGAAUAUGAUAUUAAAGUUUUGAAGGAGAGGUUGAACGUGAGGAGCAGUGCACCCGUCGAGGAAGAAGCGGGUGGUGUUGUCGAUGCAGCAGAUGGCGAGGCCAUUGAAGGAACGGAAGAGGGUCGUGCCCAAAGUGUAGUUAGUACUCGGAGCACACGCAGUCGGAAACAGCGCCGUUCAGUGUCAGUAUCCUCGGUCGAUACCACUGGUGCCGGAACAUCUCGACCGCCUCCGAAGCGACAGAGACGAAACUGA